AUGGUCCGCCCGUCAACACCACCGCCAAACCCGGCAACGGCGCCGCUGCCGGCCAGAACCCCUCCAACACCAGCAGCAAUCCGUCGCAUGGAAGAAUCCCGCCUCAAAGCCAAAGCCAUCCGCGACCGCCGCGACGCAGAACUCGCCGCCUCAGGCGCCAUGCCUACCCCCAAAACCGUCUCGGGCUUCGUCGCCACCAGCGACGUCCACAUCACCAACGCCGGUGCCUCCCACGCAACAGACAUCUCCUCCCGCAAACGCCCACACUCGUCCAUCUCAACGACGAAUCCCGCCGCGGCGGCAGCAGCCGAAUCACACCCGUCGACGAACCGCGAUGCCCGCGACACCAACGCCGCCCCGCGCCCGGCGCGCAACUUUGCCAAAUUCGUCGACUACAACAUGUCCGCCAUGACGGACACAAAAGGCGGCUUCCUGACCGCCGAAGACGACCCCCACAACACGGCUCUUGUGCCCAAGGUGAAACCCGGCAGCGGCGGCCCGCCCCAAGACGAGAAGCCAAAGGGCAUGUCCUCGCAGGAAUGGGAGCGUCUCCAGCUCCUCAAGAAACUCCGCCGACAGAAAGCAGGACCCUUCGAGCCAGGCCUCAGCGUUCUCGCCGACGCCACCAUGCGCAAAAAGUGCGCCGACUGCUCCUCGUACGAAAUCGACUUUGUCUGGGACGAAGUCUUUGGCGUGCAAGUGUGCCACGCCUGCAAGGACAAGCUGCCCGAAAAAUACUCCCUCCUCACAAAGACCGAAUGUAAAGAGGACUACCUCCUCACCGACGAGGAGCUCAAGGACGCCGACCUGCUCCCCCAUCUGUCGCGGCCGAACCCGCACAAGUCGCACUGGCACGACAUGAUGCUUUUCCUCCGCCUCCAGGUCGAGGAGUACGCCUUCACCACGAAAUGGGGAUCCGCCGAGAAGCUCGACGCGGAAUUCACCAAGCGCGAGGCCGACAAGAAGCGGCGCAAGGAGGCCAAGUUCAGGGACAAGCUCAACGACCUCAAGCGCAAGACCCGGACCGAAGCCAUUCGCAGACAGCAGGCCACCAUGGCCGCCGGCGCAGGACCGAGAAAGUUUGGAGACUCUGUCGGUGGUGGCAAGCACGUUCACGAUUGGGGUCGAGCGGUCGAGAAUGAGGAGGGUAUGACGGUCAAGAAGUGCAACGGGUGCGGCAUGGAAGUUGAGGAAUUGGAAUUUUAG